CCCCGCGUGAGGCGGCCGGAUGCACGAGGAGCACGCGCAGAUGAUCUGAGUUCCACGAACACUGAGUUUGUUCAGCAGGAGGAGCAGGAGGAGUAGGAGGAGGAGGCGCCGCCCCGGCCACAGGUGAAGGAGUCCGGGCUGUGAGCGCGGCUUUUACGCACACUUUAGAUGGAGCUCCGGGGGCCGCUGGGACUCUGAGCCCGGACCCUGGGCCGAUCUGGACUUGCUGAACGGAGCUUGUUUUGCUGUUUGUUUAUUUGUUGUGCCGCAGCUGUUUCCACGAUGUUCCAGCACAACAGUCAGAAGAAAUGUUUCACCAUCGAAGCUCUGGUCGGGAAGGACGCGAGCAGUCACGCAGGCGCCGGGGACGAGCCCAUCCGGCCCACGGCGCUCAGGUUCCCGGAGUCCCUGCACCCCGGGGCGUUCGCCUCCUGCUUCCAGGGGGGCGGCGGGAGGACUUUGUACUCCGCGGGGCCGGACAUGGUGCUGCAGGAAACCGGCACGCACACGCCGAGCCCCGGCGGGCUGCCGCUGCACGCGCUGCAUCUCCCCGCGCACAGCCUGUUCGGCCCGCAGCACCGGGACGCGCUCAGCUUCUACCCGUGGGUUCUGCGGAGCCGGUACCUGGGACACCGGUACCAAGGGGAGGACAGUAGUCCAGAGAACCUGCUGCUCCACGGUCCGUUCUCCAGAAAGCCAAAGAGGAUCCGGACAGCAUUCUCACCCUCGCAGCUCCUCCGUCUGGAACGAGCCUUCGAGAAGAACCAUUAUGUGGUUGGAGCUGAGCGGAAGCAGCUGGCCAGCGGGCUGUGUUUGACAGAGACGCAGGUGAAAGUCUGGUUUCAGAACCGCAGGACGAAGCACAAGCGUCAGAAGUUGGAGGAGGAGUCUCCUGAUGCUCAACAGAAGAAGAAAGGCAGUCAACACGUCAACCGCUGGCGGGCCGCCACGCAGCAGGCCGGCACAGAGUUUGUCGACGUCAUCUCAGAGGACUAGACUGAAACACUGAGCUGUCCAUCCAAACUCACACACCGCAGCCACACACUGAAGGUCUGCGACAUGUGUCCAAAAACCACUUCCACAAAACAAAGCAACUACAGCUCUUGAAAGGAUACCCCGUGUAGACAUCUUUGUUUUACUUUAAACUUUGUCACAUUAGCGAAGAAAACCUGCUGUCAUCAUUACGCUUUAAUCUGGAAGCGAAGCACCAUCCUAAAA